AUUAAAAAAAAUUAGUUAGAACGAAGGAAAACGCACAUUUAUCCUGAAGCUCAAGGGGCCGUUAAUUCAGGUAAUCCUGGUGGGUGCGUUCGGACAUCCGAAGGAUCUGGGUGGUUGACAGUAGCCGCCACUAGGAUACAAAGUCAAACGACAAUCCAAGCAAGAAGAACACGCGGGUUUCUGCUCGCAAAGCUCGGUCUUGAACGCGAGUUCGGCCGGCGCUGUGGUUCGACUGAAUAUCUCUCCAGCGACGUCGUCGUCGUCUCCUCUCUCUGACCAAUCCUCAGUCUCGGACGGAGUCGCAGGGGAAUGCCAAGUUAAUUAAUGUCCAAAAGGGUGUUCUUGAAGUCUUCAGCCCCGGGCCUUUUGCCGAACAGGUUUCUGGAAGUGGGGUUUUUCUCUAUAUAUGGUCUUCCUCCUUUUCCGUUUUUCGCCUCUCGCCACAUCGGUUUUGCAUUUUUUCUCCAUCCGGGCUUCAAGUUUUUCGAGUGGAUUUCGAGCCACGUUCGGGAUUCGGGUUCUGUCUCUGUCGGUGAGCCUCGAGGGACGAUAAUAACUGUUGGCGCUUUUGGCGUUGGGAGAAAGUAAUAAAAAGGGUGAGGUAGGCGGAAAUGCCAUUGUAGACGUCUUCAAGAACUUGAGACAGGAGAGAAGUAAGAGAGAGAGAGAGAGAGGGAGAGAGAGAGAGAGAGAGAGAAGGAGAGGUACUUUCUUUCUACUUCAUUCAAAUACCCUUGCAAUUUUGAAAUGAAUCACUCUGGAGUAGCCUGUGAUAAAAAAACAGCUUCCGUCGAAGUCGUGAAGAACCGUAACGGGAUUGAGCAAGUCCUGCUUCAGAAUUCUCGCGGGGCUUCAGCCCGGGUUAGUUUGCAUGGAGGGCAAGUUCUUUCAUGGAAGACUGACCGCGGAGAGGAACUAUUGUUCAUAAGCAGUAAGGCAAUCUUCAUGCCACCAACCCCAGUACGAGGAGGAAUUCCAAUUUGUUUCCCACAGUUUGGAACACGAGGAUCACUGGAGCAACAUGGCUUUGCCAGGAACAAGAUUUGGGUUAUGGAUGAUCAUCCUCCACCACUACAGCCUAGCGAUUCCAGUGGCAAAUCCUUUAUCGACCUGCUUCUUAAACCAUCUGAAGAUGAUCUUAAGAUUUGGCCACACAGUUUCGAGUAUCGCCUUAGGGUGUCUUUAUCAGCAGAAGGGUACCUGACCUUGAUAUCACGCGUCAGAAACAUCAAUUGCAAACCGUUCAGUUUUUCAAUGGCGUAUCACACAUAUUUCUCCAUAUCUGAUAUCAGUGAAGUUAGAAUUGAGGGAUUGGAGACACUUGACUACCUCGACAACCUAUGCGAGAAAAAGCGCUUCACAGAACAAGGAGAUGCUUUAACAUUUGAAUCUGAGGUGGAUCGGGUGUAUCUUGGCUCCUCAGAUAUGAUUGCAAUUUUCGAUCAUGAAAGGAAGCGGACUUUCAAAAUUCGAAAGGAAGGACUUCCAGAUGUAGUGGUUUGGAAUCCAUGGGAGAAGAAAUCCAGGUCCAUGACCGAUUUCGGGGAUGAAGAAUACCGACAGAUGCUCUGCGUCGAUGGGGCAGUGAUCGAGAAGCCGGUCACCCUCAAGCCGGGCGAGGAAUGGACAGGACGGUUGGAACUCUCGUACAUCCCUUCAAGCUAAAUCUGAUGGAAGCUCAACAUCAGGCUUGAGUGUAACAUUGAAUAAUGGAGGGGAGAUGCUACAAUGGACUGAUGUGUCCACUGGUUUUUAGCUGAUGGAAGCACAUCCUUGCUAAGAUCAAGAUGUAUUAUUUUUAGGACAAUAAGCAGCCUCCAAAAAGAUGGUGGCGGUUAGUUUCCUGUUUGCAGAGAGUCCUUUUUCUUUCUCUCAGCAGUAAUGUGAUGACCAGUGUCAGCAAACUUUGUAUGAGCACUGACUACUUAGUACUAAUGUACAAUACAUGUACAA